GGUGGUCGGGGCAGCAGAGCCGGUUUGACGGAAGGAGCGGCGCGGCGGCGGCAGAAGAGGAGGAGGAUGGAGGCGGUGGUGUUCGUCUUCUCUCUCCUUGACUGCUGCGCGCUCAUCUUCCUCUCAGUGUACUUCAUAAUUACGUUGUCUGAUUUAGAAUGUGAUUACAUUAAUGCUAGAUCAUGUUGCUCGAAAUUAAACAAGUGGGUAAUUCCAGAAUUGGUUGGCCAUACCAUUGUCACUGUAUUAAUGCUCAUUUCAUUGCACUGGUUCAUAUUCCUUCUCAACUUGCCUGUUGCCACUUGGAAUAUAUAUCGGUUCAUUAUGGUGCCAAGUGGUAACAUGGGAGUGUUUGAUCCAACAGAAAUACACAAUCGAGGGCAGCUGAAGUCACACAUGAAAGAAGCCAUGAUCAAGCUUGGUUUCUACCUGCUCUGUUUCUUCAUGUAUCUUUACAGUAUGAUUUUAGCUUUGAUAAAUGCCUGAAGCUGGAGAAGCCGUGGUUGAAGUCAGCCUACACUACAGUGCACAGUUGAGGAGCCAGAGACUACUUAAAUCAUCCUUAGAAUCGUGACCAUAGCAGUAUAUUUUUUCCUCUUUGAACAAAAAAUAUUUUUGCUGUAUUUUUACCAUAUAAAAUAUUUAAAAAAUAUGAA